UUCUGGAAGGAACCUCAUGCUUGCACCAUGGAGAAAGUUUCAGCACUGAAAGACCAGGGUAACAAGGCGCUGAGUGCGGGAAAUAUUGAUGAGGCGGUACGUUGCUACACCGAAGCUUUGGCCCUUGACCCUUCAAACCAUGUCCUGUUCAGUAACCGCUCUGCCGCCUACGCCAAGAAAGGCAACUAUGAGAAUGCUCUCCAGGACGCCUGUCAGACCAUCAAAAUCAAGCCGGACUGGGGCAAGGGCUACUCUCGCAAAGCUGCAGCAUUGGAAUUUCUUGGCCGAUUGGAGGAUGCUAAAGCAACUUACCACGAGGGACUACGGCAAGAGCCAAGUAAUCAGCAGCUAAAGGAGGGUCUGCAGAACAUUGAGGCCCGGCUUGCAGAGAAAUCAAUGAUGAACCCCUUCGCCAUUCCCAACUUGUAUCAGAAGCUGGAGAAUGAUUCUCGGACCCGUGAGCUAUUGUCAGAUCCCAGCUACAGAGAACUGCUGGAGCAGCUCAGGAACAAACCAUCGGAGCUCGGCACGAAGUUGCAGGAUCCCAGAGUGAUGACCACACUCUCUGUGCUGCUGGGACUGAACCUCUCUGAGAUGGAAGAAGAGGAGGAGCCCACUCCUCCUCCUCCUCCCAAACCCAAAGAGACUCAGCCACCUCCUCCCAAAGAGGAAGACCUUCCUGAAAACAAGAGAAAGGCAUUGAAGGAAAAAGAACUUGGGAAUUCUGCAUACAAGAAUAAGGACUUUGAAACAGCGUUGAAACAUUAUGAGGAAGCAGUCAAACAUGAUCCGACCAACAUGACCUACAUAUCUAAUCAAGCAGCUGUGUUCUUCGAGAAGGGAGAUUUUGAGAAGUGCCGAGAGCUGUGUGAAAAGGCCAUUGAUGUUGGCAGAGAGAACCGGGAAGACUACAGACAAAUUGCAAAGGCCUUGGCUAGGAUUGGCAACUCAUACUUCAAGCAGGAGAAAUACAAAGAAGCCAUUCAGUAUUUCAACAAGAGUUUGACGGAGCAUCGUACUCCUGACGUCUUGAAGAAGUGUCAACAGGCAGAGAAGAUAUUGAAGGAGCAGGAGAAACUAGCCUACAUCAACCCCGACUUAGCCUUGGAAGAGAAGAACAAGGGCAACGACGCCUUCCAGAAAGGAGACUACCCCUUAGCCAUGAAACAUUACAGCGAAGCCAUCAAGAGAAACCCCAACGAUGCCAAACUCUUCAGUAACAGAGCUGCCUGCUACACAAAGCUGUUGGAGUUUCAGCUUGCCCUGAAGGAUUGUGAAGAGUGCAUCAAACUUGAGCCCACCUUCAUAAAAGGCUACACGCGCAAGGGAGCUGCCUUGGAGGCCAUGAAAGAUUACUCAAAAGCUAUGGAUGCUUACCAGAAGGCGCUGGAGCUCGAGUCUUCCUCAAAGGAAGCCACAGAAGGCAUGCAGCGCUGUAUGGUGAGUCAGGCCAUGAGGAAUGACAGUCCUGAGGAGGUGAAGAAAAGGGCCAUGGCUGAUCCCGAGGUGCAGCAGAUUAUGAGUGACCCAGCCAUGCGCAUGAUCCUCGAGCAAAUGCAGAAGGACCCUCAGGCGCUUAGCGACCACUUAAAAAAUCCAGUUAUCGCUCAGAAGAUUCAGAAACUCAUUGAUGUCGGACUGAUAGCCAUUCGUUGAUGACAACCAAGAUCCAGAGGAAACUCCAAGACAACAGUGGAACAAAACAAAUCCCUCCAAAAUAUUACAUCUUGUUUUUUUUUUGCCUUCAAAUUCAAAAUUAUAUUGCCCACUGAGACUUUGUGUGUAUGUUAUGUUUUUUAAAAAUCAGUUUCACAACAUUUACAUUGUAUUUAAGAAAGCAUCGUGUGUGUCAUCAAAACUGAAGGACUCCAGAAAAUGUCAUCGGAAAAAACUGGAUUCAUGUGUAUCGAUGCUUAAAUACAUCUUAAAAUAAACAGCACAAUUCAGUGCA